AUGGGGACGUCCCACAGAGAGCAUCUUAACAUCACCGCUGAGUGUCCAGUAAAUGUCAGCGGUCAUCUCCUGGAGAUGUCUUAUCUAAAGAAACUCUCUCAUCUGGAUGAAGAUUUAUAUCAUAACUUUUACAGUCUGUGGGUCACACUGAUUGUGGUCAACACGUUAAUGUUUGUGGUCGGUGUGGUUCUCAAUAGUCUGGCCCUCUAUGUCUUCUGUCAGCGUAGUCGCUCUCGCACGACUCCCGCCAUCUACACCAUAAACCUGGCGGUAGCCGACCUGCUGGUGGCGCUGUCUCUCCCGGCCCGCAUAGCUCUCUACUACAGCAGCGGUGACUGCGUGGCCUGUUUCUAUGUCCACACCUUCAGCUAUUUUGUAAAUAUGUACUGCAGCAUCUUAUUUCUCACCAGCAUCUGUGUCGAUCGCUACGUGGCAGUCGUGCGGCCGCCGGGAACCUCGGGCCGCUGGCGAAGCCCUGCCGUAGCUAAAGGUGUAAGCGUGUGCGUGUGGCUGUUUGCCGUGGUGGUUACCUACUCUCUUCAGAUCUCCGCUCUUGAGUUGCACAGCAUGUCCUGUCAUCGUCUCACUGUCAUCUUCACCCUCACCCUGCUGGAGUUCGUAUUACCGCUCCUGGUCAUCAUAGCGUUCACCGUUCGUGCGGCCUGCGCGCUGGCAGACGGCAAGAUGAUGGCACAGAGCCGGGGAUGCCGCGCCCGGGCCGUCAGGCUGCUCGUAGCCGUGCUGGUUGUGUUCAGCGUGUGUUUUACGCCGUAUCACGUUCGUGAAGCAGUGGUUUAUUUCCAGCUAGGUGGCAGCAGAGAGCAGCACGUUGUGGCGUAUCAUGCCACCAUCACCCUCAGCAGUUUAAAUAGCUGCCUUGAUCCUGUGGUCUACUGCUUUGUGCCGGAUAGCUUUCGUUCCACCCUACGCAGGGAACGGAGGAUGAGAUUGUUGGAGCAUCCGGAGCGGAGCUCUGUAGUCAAUGCUAGCAGAAACCUGGGAGAUGCAGGAACGCCAGUGACCAUUGGGUACAGCGUGGCUUUAUUGACACACAACACACUUCCACCCACGGAGAGACAUCCCUGCCCGAAAACAACACAGACAGACAACAGUGAAUAUCAAACACUUAACAAAGAUAUCUCUCCAAACUGAAACUUGGACACACAGAGAGAGAGAGAGAGAGGGAGGGGGGAGUGCAAUGCUUUCAUAUGAAAUAAUAAUGAUGCCUCCGUCUAUAAACAGACUAUAAAAAACACAUUUCCAGCGAUGAGAUGUUUGUCGAUCCACUGAGCAAUAAAAUGCUGUGUGACGUGACAGAUCUUUCUGAUUCUUCCGAAUGAUAGAUGUUCCUGUAGCUCAAUGGUAUUGCAUUAGCAGUGCAAAAGCGUUUGGGUUUAAUCCCAGGUAGCAUGCAUACUAAUAAAAGGUGUAGCUUGAAUGCACUGUAAAGUACUUUGCAUAAAAGUGCAGCUAAAUGCAUACAUGUAUGUUAUGGGUCAACAUUUUAAUCAACCAAUCAAAUUCGAGGGAUAAGUUUACAAUGAAUGUGACGUUUAGGAUUACAGCCUGGGUAAGGUGUUUCUCCCCUCAUCACAUUUACAUUACGUUUAUGAAUUUAGCAGACGCUUUCAUCCAAAAUGUUUACAAUGCAUAAUAAAAAUAUUUUUGCCCUUCUCUGGGCAAAAAUAUAUUUGA